AUGCGCAUAGUCCCACGAUGGCUCGCACAAGGCUCCGAGUUUCCCCGUGUCCGAAUCCAUAUUACGCCGUAUGCCCAAGUACCCGAGCUCUGGGAAAUGGACUCGACUGGCUCAACAUACACCGCGAAUGCUGUAGUCCCCGAAGCGUCCUUCAAGGUUACCAAAGGCGAGCCCAAGUUUUACGACACUAUCGGUGACUCUGGAAAGAAGAACAGACACUUUUUCUGUGGCAAUUGCGGGUCGCCACUGUUCAACAAGCUGGAUGUCAUGCCCGGGGAGGUUAUCAUUAAGAGCGGCGGGCUGGACAACGGAGCAGCCGACCUGAAGACGGUGGGUGUUGAGUUUUUCUGUGAGCAGAGGUUGAGCUUUGUUCCCCCAGCAGAGGGAGCGAAGCAACUUCCUCGUUUUGGUUAG